AUGAAAUUAAUUCUAUCACUAUUAGUUAUCUUUACGAUUUUGGCAUCUGUAAGCCAAGCCUCUAACGAUGGAGCAAAGUGUGAUCUAUGUCAAAUACUUGUUAGACGUGCAGAGAUGAUGGUUCUAAAGAAUGAAACACAACAACGUAUCAUCAAGUCAAUGGAGAAGACAUGUUCACUCUUACCCGCUAAACUCUCACGUCCAUGUGUUGCAUUGGUAGAUUUCUAUGGUCCACUCAUCAUCCAAAAGAUCAUCCAUCACGAACGACCAAAGUUGGUUUGUCAACAACUACGUAUCUGUGGCGUUAACGGCCAAUGUGACGACAACGACAGUGAUUUCACUCUUGACGAAUUGGCAGAGGUUUUGGAAGAAUACUACGAAUUGGAAAACUAUGAAUCCGAAGAUGUUGUUGAUUUCGAGAAUGAUGAAGUUGAAUUUGUCACUGCCGAGAACUUGAGAAAGUGGAAACCACAUAUUCCAGGAAAGAAUAUCAUCAAGAAGUACAAGUGCAAAGCAUGCAAUUUCCUUGUUUCGCGCGCUGAGCACAUGGUAAAGAUCAACAAGACAGCCCAAGAAAUCCAGAGCCAUUUGGAACACUCUUGCAAUACCUUUGGUGUCAAGCCAGCCGUCAAAGUUUGCAAGAAGAUCGUACACAAAGCAACUCACAGUAUCAUUAAUGAGUUGAAGAAGAAUACUUCACCAGGACACGUCUGUAAAGCUAUUAAGAUGUGUUAA